UUCUUCUUCUUCUCCUCUCUAACUUCCUCUAACAAUGCUACUUCCGGCCAUCACCUCCGCCCCUUUCUCCUUCUCCUCCCUUCGUCUCACUAACCCCAUCUCCCCCCAUCCUCGUUACGUCGCCGUCUCCAUCUCCGCUCAAGCGUCGCCGGCGAAUUCUAGCUACAGCGUCUCCGACAGGGACCUCGAAUCCCGCGGCUUCGUGCUUCACCGCACCGUCUCCGACCUCAACCUCGACCAUCUGAACUCGGUCUUUGCCGCCGUAGGAUUCCCCAAACGCGAUCCAGACAAGAUCAGGGUCGCGUUGGAGAAUACCGACGCCUUGCUGUGGAUCCAAUACGGUAAAACGCAACGACCGGUGGCGUUCGCUAGGGCUACAGGCGACGGUGUGUUCAACGCGAUUAUAUGGGAUGUGGUGGUGGAUCCUUCCUUCCAAGGGCUUGGUUUGGGGAAAGCCGUGAUCGAGAGGAUUAUCGAAGACCUUCUUCGUAAAGGCAUUUCCAAUAUCGCAUUGUAUUCAGAGCCUCGCGUUCUAGGGUUCUACAGACCUCUAGGGUUCGUCGCGGAUCCGGAUGGAAUCCGUGGAAUGGUGUAUUCAAGAAAGAAAAAGAAAAACUAAUUACAGAAUUGCUCGAAUCCAAUUGAAUCCAGAUCGUUUUCUCGCCAUUCCCUUCCUUUUCAUCAAAUCAAAGUUUAAUUACCUAAGCAUUCGCACUCGGAAAAAAAGAAACAAACAAAACAACCAAUCAAUUCAACUAGCCAUUUCUGUUACCAUUGCAACCAAAUCAAAAUUACUCUCCAAGAUUCAGAUCAAACAGACGAAGAAAGAAUCAGAACAGGCUUCCCAUGAAAAUUGAGAAAAGCGUACCACCAAUUAGGAAACAUCCUUGGCACAGUUCAAGAAAGCAGCAGAACAAAGAAUGGAAGCAAUAAGUGCAAAAAUUCCCAAACCGAUGGCGAGAGAAAUUCCGGCGACGAACAAAUCCAAUAGGCCUUGAAUGCUGAAACCGAUCAUCAUCAUCUUCUUCUCCCUGUUCUUCAAGUUGAUAUCCUGCGUAUGAGAGUAAAAACAAAAAGCAAAAAGCCCGUAGCCAUUAACAAAGAGGCAGCAAAAUCUCGACACGCCUUAGAGCUUUGCGGUGGAAAUCAGUGUUGAUUUCUACGUGUCGACUUCUUCCUUCACCCCUCUCUCUAUUUCUUGUCUCUUGGUAUGUAAUAUUAGAUUAUAUAAUUUUACUUUUUUUAUACUUCACUUAUUAAUUUAAUGAAA